CUAACCAAUUUCACGUAUUACGUGUACGAAAAGUGAACAUAACAAAUUUGUUGUGAUGUGGGUAACGAUUAAAUUUAGAUAACGCACAGUGAUGAGCAACAUGUGAUGAUAAACUGUGGAGAGGAAGAGUCUAGAAACAAUAUUGGUCUCUGGGUAUACGGAAGAUCACAACACAACACACCAAUGGCCUACCAAUGGUUACGGCAGGAAUACAUGCAAAUGCCCGUGGUGACACGAGCUUACACAACAGCUUCUGUCAUCACGACUCUUGCUGUGCAACUAGACUUGGUGUCUCCGUUUCGGUUGUACUUUAAUCCCACACUGAUAAUUGAACAAUAUCAGCUAUGGAGAUUAAUAACGACGUUUUUAUUCUUUGGACACUUGGGUUUCAACUUCUUUUUCAAUAUAAUCUUUACGUAUCGGUAUUGUCGAAUGCUGGAAGAAGGAUCAUUCCGCAGAAGGACAGCCGACUUUGUGAUGAUGUUUAUCUUUGGAGGCAUAUGUAUGAUCACAUUUGGCUUUUUUGUUAAUUUAUUUUUCCUAGGCCAUGCAUUUACAAUUAUGUUGGUCUAUGUUUGGUCGAGACGAAACCCAUUCGUCAGACUGAAUUUCUUUGGACUGAUAAACUUUCAAGCACCGUAUUUGCCUUGGGUGCUUCUUGGAUUUUCUGUACUUCUUGGUAAUACAAUAUGGGUGGACCUAGUUGGAAUGGCCGUAGGACACAUGUACUACUUCGCCGAGGAUGUAUUACCACGUUUAAGAGGAGGUUUCCAUGUUCUUAAGACUCCACAAAUACUUAAGACUUUGUUUGACGCACAUCCAGAAGAUCCAGACUACACUCCACCACCUGAAGACCGCCCUGGUGGAUUCAAUUGGGGUCAAGAAGCCAACGUGCAGUGAUUCUAAGUUUCAAGUCCUGCUUCCAAAUCGUCUCUUACCGAUUGGCAUAUCAAGUAAAUUUUUAUAUUACUACGUAUACAACAUUGUUCCUUAAUUUUCCCAGUUACUAAUGAGAGUACUAAGUAAUUACUUCAAUUAAGUAAUUACGCUGUCAACGAUGCCACGUGGAAUAUAAUGAGAAAAGACUUCCAAUUUUUUACAGAGGUUACAAUUUUCUAUGCGAAAAAUGUUGGCUUUACUUGCAAUGGAUAUGUAAUUAUAAUUAUCAAUGAAAACAGUAUUUCUCAAACGAUCGAUUAUUACGGUACAUUUUGAUACGCGCGAUUGUCAACUAAGUAUUGCGCUUAGUAUAAAUUUCCACUACGAUCUUGUGCCUCAUACGAUGAACAUAGAAAAUUGCAAACCUUGUGUCCUUUCUUUUCGACACAUUUCAUUUAUUUCAUACACAAAGUACUGUUUUUACCAUAAAAUUGAACCACCUGGUUCCAAGAAAAAUUCUACUGUAAAAACCACUCGUAAAUAAGUGAUGUACAUAAUAUUUUUUAUUUAUUCCACUGUUUUAAACAAGUCCCUGGACUUUAUAAUAUUAAUUACAUAAUAGUACAUUUGAUUUUUUAUGGGCAUUUGAUAAAAAUAAUAUUAAAAUAUAAGUUAACAAUUUCAAGGUGACAAGAGGUGACAAUGUUUAACCAAAUGUAAAAUAGCAUUCCCUUUCCUGUUGGUGUUUGUAAUUUGUGCACAUGAAUGAGAGAGGAAAAAAGACGUGUAAUGAGUUAUGUAUAUACAUAUACUUCUAUGGAAAUGAACUGUUUUUAGAAAUAUCGGGUCAUAUGUAUAACGUUUAAACAAACGUAGUUGUUAAUCAGGGAAUUAAUUUUCGUUUCUUUCUUUCGUCGCUAAUAUUACGAUACGAUUAAAAUCAUUUAAUGUUUUGCGUAAUAGGGGUUUGCCGUAGCGGUUAUUUGCUUGUUUCGAGUCAUUAUGUUGCAUGUUAUACUGUGAUGUACUUAUCAUUAUCAACAAAAGAAUGAAUUCUAACGUAAUCUAGAAUGGUAAAUUUGUCAAUCUAUGGUUAUGACAAAAUGUACGGAAUGGCGAAGGCCAUAGUAUUGCAAUUAAUUCCCAGUUGAACGAUUAUCUAUGACUUAACGAUUUGUAAAUACUAGUUGAAAAUAUGUAUUUAUUAAACGUAUUUAUACGACCGCUGAAAUGAAGAAAAUAGUUCCAUUUAGUUUGACCGUGUACAUAACGCUAUUUGUGUUGGAAUUUUUUUGUGUGUAAAAGUUAAAUUUUCAAUUUUAUUAGCAAUUUUUCGGAGUUUCUUCUAAUUUUUUUAACAUUGUACAAAUGAAAUACAACAAGCUCUUAUCCGUAAUGCAUUACAGUGUUGCAUGUUAUUGUGCCAUAUAAUAGUUAUAAUUUCAUGGUAAAAAAUAUUGAAACUUUUGAUGUUUCUGUAAACAUUUAAAAAAAAAAAAAAACAGAAUUUUGUUUAUUUAAAAAUUGUUAUUUUUUUUAAUGGUGAUUGCAAGGAAGAUUAUUCACAAAAUGAUUUACAAAACCAUUUAUUUGAUUUAAAUAGUAAAUGAUUAUCAUAACAGGAUAUAAUGAUGUAUAACUAGGUACAUAUACGCAAUGACAUGGACUAUAAUACAAUGAUCAAGACUCUAUUGUACACAUUUAUUAUAUUGCCACCGUUGCUAGAAGCACUGUAAUGUCAUCUGGUUUACCACCUGAAAAAUACAAAACAGAAACCCGAGGGAUUAAAAACGUGUUUUUCCAUUCAUUUGAAUGUUAUCCCAGCGUAAAGAUUAAUGAUUAAGUCUAAGAUCGUCCUAGAAUAUUUUAUUUAAUCGAUCUAUUUGAAAACACGUUGCUUUCACCAGGAAUUUCAAAUCAAAUACAUUUGUACAAGUUGUUCAUACUAGCCAUAAGAAUUAAAGAAUAGUUAAGGUAUAUCGUAGAAGGAAAUCAACAUUGACGCAAAGCCAUCACCAAAGUAUAAGAAAUAGGUACACACAUAAGAUAUAAAAAAUUGUGAAAUGUAUCUUAUAAAUAAAUUGAAUAUAUUUUUUAUUA